AAUCAGUCCAAAAAAGACCAGGUUGUUCCCCUGAUAUGUUUAUAUUUUCUGAUUAUCUGCUUAAGCUCAUAAUCCCACACGAGUCAUGAAUAUUCAGGGUCUGCUCAGCUCGUGGAGGAUUCACUGAAGUGACAGCAGGACCAUGACACUGAGGACACUGAGGUGUGUGUCUUUGAGGGGAACUCUACACUAACGAUGACUUUCAGGAGUAAUCAGACUCUGUGUGGAUUUAAUGCACUCUGUUUGAUCUCUCUUCUUCUUAAUGCGUCCUGUGGCUUCAAUCUGUGCCCUCCUGACUGCCUCUGCUACGAGUCCUCGGCUCUGGUGGACUGCCAGUCUCGAGGUCUGGUGCGGUUACCUCUCAGCAUCCCUCAUGGCACCUGGAUGAUGGAUUUAGGUGGGAACAGGCUGACGGAGGUACGCAGCAGAGCCUUCAUGGGGCUGUGGUCGCUGAAGAUCCUCCUGAUGUCCAACAACAGCAUCCAGACUCUGCAGCCACAGUCUUUCUCAUCACUCCACUUCCUGGAGAGACUGGACCUGAGUUUUAACCGUCUGCGUGGGCUCCCUCAGGACUUCACUCAGAGUCUGUCCUCCCUACAGCAACUCAGGCUGGACCACAACCUGCUGCAGCACCUGGACUCUUCCUCUCUGGCUGACUUGGAAAACCUGAGGAGACUGGACCUCAGUUAUAACCUCCUCAGGGUGAUUGAUGUCCGAGCGUUCAGCAGCAUGUCUCUGCUCAGCCUCCUCAACCUGGAAGGAAACCGCCUGAACGAGCUGAGGGACGGCCUCCUGAGCCGGCAGCAGAGCCUGGAAAGACUGCUGCUAGGACACAACAACAUCUCAGUGAUCGGGACUGAAGCUCUGGCUCCUCUGAAGAGUCUGACUCUCCUCGGUUUACAGGGGAACCAGAUGGAGCGAAUCCGGUUCAAGACCUUCCUGAAGCUCAAGACCACCACCACCCACCUCCUCUUGUCCUCCAACCCCUGGAUCUGCGACUGUGAGCUGCAGCGCGUCUUCAGCAAGAUCCAGCACGUCAGACGUCUGCGCGUGUACGACUACAGGGACAUCGUGUGCCACGCUCCUCCUGUGCAGGCUGGGAGCUCUCUGGCAUCUCUGGACAGUCAGCUGUGUGUGGCUGAGACAGCGACGGUGCUCGCCAUCACCAUCACCGUGCUGCUCGCUGUGAUCGGUGCUCUGGUCAAAGCAGAGCACAACAGGAAGCACAAUCAGGCUGCGAGUGAUGCAGAGUCAGAGAAGGAGGAAAAGUGACAUUUAUAUCAGCCUUUUAACCUUUGACAUCAAUAUUCAAAUCACCUUCCAACUUUUCUCAUUCAAUAACAUAAAGGUCACAUCCUGCUGCAACCAUUACAGCAGAGACAACAGAAGAGAAAAAUCGCAGAAUGGUCCUUUAAAAGCUGCUGCAUAUUACAGCAAAUCAGAAAUGUUAAGUGUCAUCUCAAGACCUUAAAAACACCAGAAUCUGAUCUCCAUAAAUGUGUUAGUGCUUUAGAACAGUGUGUUUAUUCUUGAUGAACACAAGCUGACAUCUCUAUCAUGUAUCUGGUUACUUCCUGUCUCUUCAUAUCACAUCUCACUACUUUGGAAACUUGUUGUGAUGAUUGUCCCUGAUUAUUUUAAGUUACGGUUGUGCUCUAAUAGAGAUGUCAGAGGUGAAAUCAUCAUAGUUGCCUCAUUAUUCUGGGCUUUUCUCUGGUACAAGCAGAACAUGUUUGGCUGAAGCUGCAGCCACUUUAUAACAACGAGGGACGCACAUUACUGACUUUAUUUUCAGAUAAUACCAAUGACUGAUAAUCAUCUGCUACUUAUUGCAAGUAUUGCAGAGAUGAUCUCAUAGUGUUGUACCUUAAGAAGCUCAUUACAUUCAAUCAAAUCUGUAUUCACUCUUGAAAGGACUUUAACCGUUCCCUCAUUCCCAGUGUCGUUUAGAGUCCAGGCACCUGUUGGUAAUGGGAUAAGAAGGUGUAGAGUUGUAGAAAAAGAUGAAUGCUUUCAUAUUUCACUGAACUCUCAAUCAAAUUAAAAGUCCAGUCGUGUGUUCUUCUUCUUCUCAUUCAGUAAAUAAAUCCAGGUUUGUUGUGCACACUCUGCAGGACAAAUGA